GGACGCGCGGGCGGCGCUUUGAACCGGGCGCGGGGCGCGGGGCGCGGGGCGCUGCGGGCCGGUCCACGCCGGGGUAGGGCCGGGGUCGGGUUGUGGUCGGGCCGGGAUUGGGCUCUCCUGGGCCAUGGCAGCCGAGGCGCGCGUGUCGCGCUGGUACUUCGGGGGGCUGGCCUCCUGCGGGGCCGCCUGCUGCACGCACCCGCUGGACCUGCUCAAGGGACAGCCAAGGGUCGUUGUUUUCUGACCGUGUCUUGCCACAGAGAACAAAGAAGAAAGGGCCUGAGGCUUUGCACAGUCUGCUCAGCAGGCCAUGCCCUGUGAACCUGGCUGUGGUCACUGGGCAGCCGCCUGUCUGGGGGACCUUUACUUUAGCAGCCUGCCCAGGGGACUUGUAUUCCAGUAGCCUUUGAGGGGACUGACUUUACUAGUGAGCAACAAUGCUGGCCACUGCGUGAAGGCCAGGUGAGCAGAUAUGGGCGUCUUGGGGCACCUGAGACCUCACUGGUCCUGGGAGAGGCCUUCAGAGCUCCCAGGCCACAGGCAGCCACGGCCAGUGAGAGGCAGCCACAGUGACAGGAAGGCGCUGGCAUGGGCAGAAGGAGCCCCUCCUUGGCAUCGGGCUCUUCCUUUCUUCCUGGACGCUGCACAGGGGCCCUCUCCCACGGGCCUCUGGGUGUUGAAGGCGGGACCUGCAUGCUGCUGUCCAUUGUCCAAGGCCCUCUGAGCCUCACUGCCCCUUGGCCCCACCCCACCAGGCGCUCUUUGGCUGCAGAACACUGCCUGGGAGAGGCAGGGAAGGCCGCCCCCGUGGAGGCGGGACUGCCCUCUGGCCUGGGAGGGCGGGAGAAGCCAGCUGCUGGCAGCAUAUGGGGCUGUGGUCAGGGUGUGCUCCUGAGGACUGCUCACCAGGGCUCUCUGCCUGGCCGUUGGAAAGAUUGUUUUAAAGCUUCUUGAUCACUUUGUCCCAUGUCCCUACAGUCCCUACCGUCACAUCUGGCCUGGACAGGGGCUGCUGCGUGUGUGGCCCAGUCCCUCUGCUCUGCUGGGCUCGCACAAUGGGAGGCCCCUCUCUGUCCCCACCCAUUUUUGCCGACCCGUGGGCGUGCGUGACAGGGGCCACGCACGUGCAGGUCACACUGAGCGGUGGAUAGACUUCUUUGGGGUCAGUGCUGGGGGUGGGACCCAGGAGCUGGGAUCCUGGGCCAGGUGCUGGCCUUCCUGUCUGGCCCUGGCCCACCCGCCUUCUGCCUGGAGCUCUCAGCUGGCCAAGCGAGGAGGCAGAGUUUCUGUGAGUGGUGGAGGCCAACGGAAUGGGAGGUUGUCGGGCUGACAGCCCCCGAGUGCCUGCCCACAGCUCCUAGGUGCUUUGUGGAGGAGGCUGCUGUGCCCUGCCGCCAGCCACACCGUCCCCUUGUCUGCUGCUGAGCUCCUGCUGCCUUUCAAGGCCUUCUCUGGCUACCUCCUCAGUCUCCCAUGGUCCUGCAGGCUCCCUCGCCAUUUCUGAGUGCCCGUAAACGUUUGUCCCUCUUAAGACAUGGUGUGGUGGAUAAAAAGUAGGGCUCUGGGGUCUCUUCCCUGGGCCCAAAUCCUGAUGGCAUCAGCGGGUGAGUUACCUCUCUGUGCCUCAGUUUUCUCAUCUGCAGAAGGAGAACGGCGAGCCCCUGUGGCCAGUGCGGCCAGUACUCAGGUGGUGCGCGGGGCACUCGCGGGGCUCGCGGACACUCUCAGCUCCAUGUCCACUGGUGUGGUGGCUGUUGGAAAGCAAUGGUGUGAGCUGGUUCCAGGCAUGGGUGUGGAGUCCCCGGGCAGGGCCGUGGGAGGCCUUAUCACUGCCUCCUGCCUCAGUUUCCCCCUCUCUGGAUGAACCUGGCACCGAUCCCUCGGGGUCGCUGUGGGGUCUGAGAGCACUGGCUCCCGCAGGUGCAUCUGCAGACGCAGCAGGAGGUGAAGCUGCGCAUGACAGGCAUGGCGCUGCGGGUGCUGCGCACCGACGGCAUCCUGGCACUCUACAGUGGCCUGAGCGCCUCGCUGUGCAGACAGAUGACCUACUCCCUGACUCGGUUCGCCAUCUACGAGACUGUGCGGGACCGCGUGGCCAAGGGCAGCCAGGGGCCUCUCCCCUUCCACCAGAAGGUGUUGCUGGGCUCCCUCAGUGGUUUGGCUGGAGGCUUCGUGGGGACGCCUGCGGACUUGGUCAACGUCAGGAUGCAGAACGAUGUGAAGCUGCCCCAGGUUCAGCGGCGCAACUACGCCCACGCGCUGGAUGGCCUGUACCGCGUGGCUCGUGAAGAGGGUCUCAGGAGACUGUUCUCGGGCGCGACCAUGGCAUCCAGCCGAGGGGCCUUAGUCACUGUGGGCCAGCUGUCCUGCUACGACCAGGCCAAGCAGCUGGUCCUGAGCACCGGGUACCUCUCCGACAACAUCUUCACUCACUUUGUCGCCAGCUUUAUUGCGGGUGGAUGUGCCACGUUCCUGUGUCAGCCCCUGGAUGUGCUGAAGACGCGCCUGAUGAACUCCAAGGGGGAGUAUCAGGGCGUUUUCCACUGCGCCGUGGAGACAGCGAAGCUCGGGCCUCUGGCCUUUUACAAGGGCCUUGUUCCAGCUGGCAUCCGCCUCAUCCCCCACACCGUGCUCACUUUUGUGUUUCUGGAACAGCUACGCAAAAACUUUGGCAUCAAAGUGCCAUCCUGACCAGCCGUGGGAAUAGCUGGGCUGCCAGGCCAGCCACACUAGGUUCUUCCAAAGAGUCCCAAGCCCAGCACCUGAUCCUGGGGCCACGACCUCCCUGGCCGUGGCCACCCGUCCUUCGCAGCAGGCCCCUGCUGUCCCCCCACCUGCUGGCUGAGCUCCUCCUGGCCUCGUCCCCUCUCAGCUGUAACUGCACCAGCCCCCUGCUCUGGCUCCCAGGCUCUCCCGGCUGGGCACUUCGUGGCCUUGCCCCUCUCCCCCUGGCAGCUCCUCCGGGGAACAGGGGCUACCGGAGGCUGAUUUCUCCCCUCACCUGGGCCAGGGGAGGGGUAUUAUCCCUGCCUCCUGCCCCCGAGGCCCAAAGCAGCACCUUCCAGCACUUUCCAUCGAGGACUCGGGUGGCAGAGUGUGGGUGCACCCAGGCUGUUGCUCACCCACGUGCUAGCUGUGCACUUUGUGUCCGCUGAGAGCGACUAGACCUUCCAUGUCCUCGGGCAGCUGCAACUCCCCCCAAGACCCCGCGGCUGGGUGGGAUGAACAAACAGAAACCACGAGCGAGUGCCUGGGAGGGAGGGACCCAGAGUGGUUCUGGAGCCAUCGCGGGUGAGGGUCAAGGGCCACCGAGGUCCCGCGCACCGCCACCUGCCCUGCAGUGGCUUUAGCAGUUAGUUUUGCCAAAGCCUCUCCGCUCACCAGCAGGCGGCCUCUGUGUUCAGGGACUGUGCCUGCGUCCCUCGGGCCCCUGGGCCCUCCCGCUUGGCUCCCUGGGGGAAUGGCCCAGGCGGGCUGCGGUUCCUCCUCAGGGCCUUCUCCCCGACAAGGAGUCGGACGGGGUGGAUGCUGCAUCCUCUGCCUCCCUGGCCGCUGGGCUUCACCCCACCUAGGAAGGGCAGUGUGCUCUGUGGGGGCUGCAGUCAAUAAAUGCCGGGAGCUGCC